AUGUGGUUUUCAGGCAAGAUUCGUGAGAAAGCCAUGCCUUUUCUUGGCGUCGCUGUCGUGCUGCUGCUCUCCUUAGCCUCUCCGGCCAGCUCCUGCACAGAGCAGGAGAGAGGCGCCCUCCUCGGCUUCCUGGGCGGGCUCAUGCCGGGCGGCAACGGCGGUCUCAAAGUGUCGUGGGUGAAUGGCACAGACUGCUGCAAAUGGGAAGGCAUCGUCUGCAGCAGCGAUGGCACAGUCACAGAUGUCUUGCUGGCUUCCAAAGGUCUCAGAGGGGUCAUCUCGUCAUCCCUCGGCGAUCUUGCUGGCCUGAAGCGCCUCAACCUGUCCCACAAUUGGCUUGAAGGUAGUCUACUGACGGAAUUGGUGUUCUCCAGAAGCAUUAUUGUCCUCGACGUCAGCUUCAACCGCCUCGAUGGUCAUCUGCAAGAGUUGCAGUCCCCAAAUCCUGCGCUUCCUCUCCAGGUGCUGAAUAUCUCAAGCAACUUGUUUACAGGACAUUUUCCAUCGACAGCAUGGGGGGCGAUGAAGAAUCUGGUUGCCCUUAAUGCGAGCAACAACAGCUUUACAGGACAAAUGCCAUCUUCUAUCUGCACCAACGCCCCAUCAUUUGCCAUGCUUGACCUUUCUUACAACCAAUUCAGUGGCACAAUUUCCCUAGGGCUUGGCAGUCGCUCCAUGCUGAAGGUGCUCAAGGUUGGCCACAACAGCCUCAGCGGAGCUCUCCCCGUGGAACUCUUCAAUGCUACCACACUGGAGCAGCUCUCCUUACCAAACAAUUUCUUGCAAGGAGUUCUUGAUGGCUCCCACAUAGCAAAACUAAGCAAUCUGACUGUUCUUAAUCUUGGAUCGACUGGUCUCAGUGGCAAGAUUCCAGACUCUGUCGGCCAGCUAAAAAGAUUGGAGGAACUCUACUUGGACAACAACAACAUGUCGGGUGAGCUUCCAUCAGCACUCGGCAACUGCUCAAAUCUCAGAUACAUUACCAUCAGAAACAACAGCUUUAUCGGGGAUCUUAGCACAGUCAAUUUCACCAUGUUGGAUCUGAGGAUAGCUGAUUUUUCGAUGAACCUCUUCACCGGUCCAAUUCCUGAAAGUAUCUACUCAUGCAGCAAUCUAGUUGCGCUGCGGCUGGCUUACAACAACUUUCAUGGCCACUUCUCACCAAGAAUAGGCAAUCUCAGGUCCCUCUCCUUCUUUUCAAUUACCAACAACUCUUUUAAAAAUAUCACAAACGCACUUCAGAUGCUCAAGAGCUGCAAGAACCUCACCUCCCUGCUUAUCGGAAUCAACUUCAAGGGUGAAACCAUACCACAGGAUGAAACAAUUGAUGGUUUUGAGAAUCUUCAGGUACUGACCAUAGAUGAUUGCUCAUUGGUUGGGAAAAUUCCUCUUUGGAUAUCAAAGCUUGCAAAAUUGAAGAUGAUAGAUUUAUCAGUAAACCAACUCAGUGGACCAAUACCAUCCUGGAUUGAUGAACUGGGCUUCCUAUUCUACCUAGACAUAUCAAGCAACAACCUUACAGGGAAUAUAGCAGUUUCAUUGACAAAGUUGCCGAUGUUGCUAUCAGAGGAAAAUGUUGCCAAGUUGGACCCGAAGUUCCUUGAGUUGCCUGUAUUUUGGACACCAUCACGUCAAUACCGGAUGGUCAGUGCUUUUCCUAGAAUGUUGUUUCUGGACAACAAUAAUUUCACUGGUACAAUCCCCCCUGAGAUUAGUCAGCUAAAAUUGCUCGACGGCCUCAAUUUAAGCUCCAAUAGCUUAACUGGUGAAAUACCACAAGAAAUCUGCAACCUCACAAACCUGCAAAUGCUUGAUCUGUCGAACAACCAGCUCACAGGUGCAGUACCAUCUGCACUGAAUGAUUUGCACUUCCUUUCUACAUUUGAUGUCUCCAACAACAGGCUAGAAGGACCAGUUCCAACUGGAGGACAGUUUCAUACAUUUUCAAAUUCCAGCUACAGUGGGAAUCCAAAGCUAUGUGGACCUAUGCUCAACCUCGAUUGCACCUCCGCGGCCACCAAUCAAACCUCUACCUCACGGCGCCACAACUUGCGGUUUGCAUUAAUUAUUGGAAUCACCUCAGGAGGACUCGUUGCUCUUGCAUUGCUUGCGUGUUUCCUUAUUGCACGGUUAGCAUACUAUGAUCACACUGAAAAUGUAGUUCCCCUUCGAAGCAGGCAGCGAUGA